GUCAAAAGUUUGCCAAACUUUGUCAAAGGUAGGGGGUUUAACCUUGAAUUUGCAAGUAUUUCUUGUCUUGAAAUUUGACUGGGGUAAAAGAGUUCAACCAAACAUCAGUAGAUCAAGGUCAAAUAUAGUCAAACCUCCUCAAACUUGAUAAAAGUCUACAGACUUAAAGGUUUGACCAAGAAUUCAUGAAGACUUUUGAUCUAAUUAAUUCAAUUUUUGAGACUCUAGAUCUGGCAUGAAUGUCCUUACAACUGCACUAUUGAAUCAUUGAAUGAAUAAAUAGUAGGAAAAGUGUUACAUAGUUGAGUACAAUGAGGGAUUUGUAAUGUGUGAGUAGAUUUGGAAACAAAAACACAAUCCAGAACAAGUAUUCUUCCUUCUUCCCCCAAAAUUUUUGGGGGUGAUAAAUUAUUGUACUUGCAAGGGCAUAUGCUCCCAUUAUCCAAACACAACAUCAUAGUGGCCCCACCUUCCUCCCCUACCAUUCCAACUCUCAAGUCUCACCCAUCCACAAUCCACACGUGUCAACCUCCCAUUCGCUGUUUCAUUUGGACCCCCACCCCCUAUCCUCUCUCUCUGGCGUGCUUUACUUGCCUUGUGACGCUACAGUCCUGACCAUAUACUCUGACACUUUUCUAACCAAGCCACACCCCCAGAGCUUUAUUAACAAUCAACGGCUCCAUUUCAAUCAUGGUUUCUACAAUCACGAAAUUAUCCAAUCCAACGGCCUGAAUUCGACAAUCAAUUACACAGUACACACGCGACGUGCCAGAGUGGCAGUGCCAAUGUCAGUGUCCGGUCAGCUCCGCCUCGAAAUACCACACCAUCAUCAAUCAGAUGCUCUCACUCUCUCUCUCUCUCUACAUAAUCUAGGGUUUCCAUAUUGCUUUACAGUUACACUUCUCUGAUCUCGUCUCUUUAUUCUGCACAUGUCUAUGUUCUCUGUAUUGAAAACUGUGGAAGGACAUUUUCUGCGAUUGAUCUUUUGUGAGUGUUCACUUUGAGCUUCUUUUGGUGGUUUCAAUGGAGGAAAGUUAGGGUUUUUUGAUUGUUUAGAGUGAUGGAGAGCCUGUGGCAGCUCAAAUGUAGUUCGACAUUGCCGUCCUCAUCGACGCCGUCGUCAUCACAGGAGCCUCGGGAUCAGAUGGAGACAAAUAUGCUCAGCUAUUCUUAUCCGCAUGUUGCACCAGAUUUGAGAUCAACAGUGUUUGGAAGGAUGCAAGAUCAUUUCACUACCCAUAAGCCUGGCAGUGUAGACCUGGGAAAUUCUUUUCUUGCUCUCCUAUCUGGGUCACCAUCUUUGUUGCAGUGUGAUUUUCAGGAACUUUCAUGUCCAAAAUCAUCUGGUUCCUAUGGUAAACUUGCUACUAAUCACAGUAAUGUCAAUGUGAAUUCUGUUGGAAGUGAUAUUCCACUGAUAUCCAGUGGGUUACAGUCAGAAUAUCUAAGCAAUCAAAAUCUGCAAAAUGGAGAAGAUUUAUGUCAUAUUGUUUCAACUAGGGCAGUGGUGAAUUCCAAUUGCGGUGGCAAUUCUGCUUUGCAUGAUUUUCAGGGAUCGGACUUGGCUAAGGCAGUUAUCAGCAGUCACAUAGUUCCUGGUAAUGAGAAAGUGAAGGUUCCUUACUCUUUGAGUGGAGAGUGGCAACAUACAAUUCCUGCGAAGCUCAGCAGCAUGAAUGUUCAAUGUUCACAAAAGCUGCCUUUAGAGGCAGACUCUUCUAUUUUGAAGCAGUCAUCUAGUUUCAUGAGUGGAUGCCCUCGUGUGUUUUGCUUGGGUACAAGUGGGUAUCUACUUCUCAGCAAUACAGGACUUCUUGGUAUUGUAUGCUCAUGCCAUUGUUUCCACAUGUCUGUGACUAAAUUUUGUGAGCAUUCAGGAUUAUGUGAUGUUAACCCCGGAGAUGCUGUUCAUAUGGACAGUGGAGAGACCAUUGCUCAGUGGCGUAAGCUCUACUUCCAGAAAUUUGAGAUUAGGGUUCCAGAAGAUCGGAGUGAGUGGGACUGGCCUGAAGGAUUAUCGGUGACUGCUGGCUUUGUCAAAUCGUGUGCGACUAUGUCCAAUGUGUGCAAGAGCCCUGACUUGCCUCAUCCGGUUGGUUCGUCUGGAGGUUUAGUAAGGUCUGGACAGCCUUUAGACCAUGCUUUCUUUCCAAAGAACCCUCAUACAGACCAGGAUUUGCUUAUUGAUGCUUCACAAAAUAAAAAACAGAGGAACGUUCAGGACGUUGACAAAUUUCUUCCAAAGAGCUUGAAUGGCACAUCACGGAGCAAUUUGCAUGCCAUUGGGGAUAACCAGAUAAUGGAGUUCCCUACAUCUAGGCGUUCGACCCUGCAAAAGUUUGUUGGUAGUGGACUGGAUAGUGGUUGUCAGUCCAUUUCUGCUUACAAUGAUUUUAUUAUGAAAAAUGGAAAUUCAUCUGUCUCACACUCUGCUUUGCAGAAUGUAAGAGACCUUGGUAAAGACUCUGAUGUUAACAGAACUAAAAAUGUAAAAGGUAGUGUGAUUGUGGGCAGGGAUGCUACUUCUUCAAACAUUGAGUUAAGGCUUGGGCAGCCAUACCAACCCAGUCAGACUUCAGGAAACUCAGUUUUACCGGUUAUAGGACCACAGCUAUUUGACAAACUUGUCAAUCCACCAAAGUCCUGCUUCCAUCGGCAGAUGAUUGAUAAUGCAGCCAACUAUAGCGAUGAGGAUAGGCGAUAUCAUCACCGUGAUGCUGAUUCAUUUAAUUCCAGCGCUGAAAAAGAACCAAACCAGUUGAAUCAUGGGAAUCACACAUUUGGAAUUAGUAAUGCUAUGGAUUCUGCUAGACUAGAAAAGUUAGAAGGCAAUGUGCCCAAGAGUUCUGUGGUUUUGCCACGUACAGACUUUCAUACUCCAACUAAGGACAGUUUACACUUUAAAGCUAAUGUUAAUAUGGUAAAUUGCACUGAGCAUGCUAUGCCUAGGGCACUAAAUCGUGAAUCUCAUGCUGCCGAGUGUGAUCCAUUCAAUGUUUACUGGAAUGCUGGUAAUGGUUUUGAGAGGCAAUUGAAUAUUCCUGCGUUGGGUUCUCAAAGAUUUAUAGACAAGGGUAAGGGGGUGGGAUGUGUUGCUGAUGUCCCCUAUGUUGCAACAGACAUAGGAUAUGGCAAUCAUAAGCAGGUAGACAAUUCAAUUUUAGGUGGAAGCAGUGAUCCCUUUUUUGCAGCUGUAAAUGAUAAGAGCUGUUAUUCAUGUCAGUUGGCUAGUAUACCACCAGAUAUGUCUGAUGCCAGAAACUUAGUUAGCUAUCUCGAGAAGGUUCCUUGUCUUGGAAGUAGCGGACUAGGUGAUCAUGUUGCUCUUAGAUCAAAUUUGCGAUCGCAAGGAGUCUCAAUGGGAUUUCCUUUGGUUACUUCAACUUCUACUUUGGAUGGGACUCCAUCUUUCUUGAGACAGGAUAGUAUUGGUGUGAGCCCUUAUUUGCUUGAUGAGAAUUUGAGAUUGCUAGCAUUGAGGCAAAUAAUGGAUUUAUCCAAGCAACAACAUGCAUUGUCUUCCCUAAUGAACCAAGAACAAGGGAAAUGUGUUAGCUCUUCUAAUGUACAGCAUUCUCUUGUUGACCCUUCAACUUCUCAAGAGCAAAGGCACAGACCUAAUCUUUCCAGUGGACGAGGCGUUUCUGAACCCUCCAGGAAUUUGCUCCAAUCUGCUGCCACUUUCAGGGUGGGUGAUGAUAUUGGAAAAGUGGCUUCUGUGACAGGAAUUGAUGUGCACUGUCAACUUUCUGAUGAUCCUAGUCUAAAUGAGCGGCCCUCGUUAAGACUUGGCAGAAGUGAUAACAAUGUCAGCAGAUCAAGUGAGCAUGAAAUAUGCUUUCAGAGAGUCCCACACAAAAAUUGUCAGGGCAAGUGCAGCUGUGAAGCGAGCACAAAUAAUUUAGGAAGAAAUUUUGAUUCACAAGUUGGUAGCUCUUUCAAUGCCUUUAAGGAGCAGAUGGGAACCUGCAGUGGUGAAGCCUCAAUUAUUAUGAAUUCUAAAUUUGCUAAAGAUCAUUUUCUGCUAAGGGAUGCAAAUAUUUCCUCAGAACGAAGUGGGAAGUUGAAUGGGCAACUUCAUAGAAACAGAGUUUGUCAUGCAUCUGAGUGGAGAGAUGUGCCAAGCAAGGUGAAAGGGGUUCGUAAUGCAAUAGUUGUAGAGCGGUUGGCUAAUGUGUUGGAUCAAAGAGGAAAUGAUGGUAGUCAACUUAAAGAUGCUUCUGCUAAAUGCUUCAAUGGAGCGGUGCAAAUUGAUGGCUCCUUAAAAGAGCAAGAAAAUUCAAAUGUUUCUUCAGGAUGUUCUGCCCCUGCUGUUACACAGUCAUCAAUUGAGGUUAACAAUAUAGAAUUUUCUACUAUUGAUGCUGGGGAUACUGGAUAUGUAAGCAAUGAUAUAGUUGAUGAAGGAUCAGGCAUUGAUAAAUGCUGGUCAUCAGAUGAUGCACUUGGAAGUGAAAGAAGUGCUGAUUUCCUGGGCUCUACCUGUAGGACUAACUUGAGGAAAGAAGGAUCCUCCCAUGUUCUAAAUAAUCAAUCAUCUCGUAGUCUUCUUGAUGAGCUUAAGCUCAUGGAUUCCUUGACAUGGAAGAAAGACCGAAAUCAAAUCAAUAAUUGGCAUCAAAUCCAUUCUGGGCUUGCAAUUUAUGAGAAAAGCAAUCCAUCACAAAAGAUGGUUAGCGGCCUGAAAUCGGGGAAGAGAAAGAGAGCAAUGAAAUUGAAGAUGCUGAGUGCCUCAUUUCCCUCUGCAGGUGUAAAACCAUAUCAAAAUCCCAAUUCUGCUGAAUUGCCCUCCUGUUCAUCCAAAGAAAUUCAGUUGGUUAUUCAAUCUGACCAGGGGACCUCUCUUGUUUCUGGGUCUUGUAUCAUUCGACCUAAUUCCAAACGUAGAUUUUCUUCGGCCACAACACACUCUCAUAAAAGAGGAGUGAGGGAAGAUGAUAAUCAAACAGAAUUAAAUGGUGAUGCAGACUUUUGUAAAAACCCUGAAGUUUCAGGCAGAAAGAAGUUGAGAAAGUGUUUCACAUCUGGCACUUUCAGGAAAUUUCGGAUGCAAGAAUCAACUCAUGAAGAGGCUGAAGAGACUGAGAAAUACAAUUCAGUAGGUUGUGUAGGGACACCUUCUAGUCGACAAUUAAAUCUGUGUUCAAGGAAGGCCAGAGUGGUAGUAUGUGGAAAAUAUGGUGAAAUAUCAAAUGGAAAAGAUGUGUCAAAGCCAGCAAAAAUCGUUCCUCUCAGCAGGAUUCUUAAAACUGCCAGAAGAUGUACACUCCCCAAAAAUUGCAAACCCAGACUGAAUUCCACGAGGGAGUUGAGAAAGGCAAACUCUACCAGAAUUGAUUUAUGCUGUGAUAAAUUCACUGAUUUGAAGAAUGGAAGCAGUGUAGGAAUUUGUGAUAAAAUAAAUCUCGACAAUUCUACAGAAGAAACAGACAAGGCGUGGUGCAGUGAAGAUGAGCAAUUUGCUAAAUCCAUUUUGGUGAAAGAGAAUGAUGAUAAAAGAGAGAAAGAUUAUAUUAUUCUACACAGUAAUGCUCCUUCUCAAUCGAAGCUUAAGUGUAAGGAAAUUCGCAAACGCAGCAUUUAUGAGCUGACAGUUAAAGGAAAUAAAUAUAGUUCCAAAAGUUUUCCAUGUUCGAAGAUGUCAAAGUGCACACCAGAAAUGAAGGUGGGGAAAAUUUUGAAGAAUGCUGACGAUAGCAAGCGUGGAUUAUGCAAAGUUUAUUCUAACAAAUCUACUGAAGAGCACAAGUGCCUGCCCACUUCAAGUUCAGCUGCAUUCUGCUGUGUUUGUGGAAGUUCAAACCAAGAUGAUAUUAAUUGCUUAUUAGAGUGCAGUCGAUGUUUAAUCAGGGUGCAUCAAGCUUGCUAUGGUAUUUCCAAAGUACCUAAAGGUCGUUGGUAUUGCAGACCGUGCAGGACAAGUUCAAAAGAUAUUGUUUGUGUGCUCUGUGGCUAUGGAGGUGGGGCCAUGACUCGAGCAUUGCGAAGUCGCACAAUUGUGAAAAGCAUUUUGAAAGCUUGGAACUGUGAAGCAGAUUGCAGACAUAAGAACAUGAUUUAUUCUGCUGAAUCUUUACAAAAUGAACAAAUUGCAUUGCACUCCUCAGGUUCUGGACUUGAUGGGAAUUUAUUUUCUGUUCUACAACCUGAAAAUAUAAAGUCGUCAGCUAUAGCAGUGAGGAAAAUGGAUUUGCAAAAACAAUUGGAUGUUGAACAGGACUCUCCUUGUGCUAGUAAUAUAAAGGUACAUAACAGCAUAACAGUGGGAGUACUUGAUUCAACAGUUAAGCAGUGGGUUCAUAUGGUUUGUGGGCUUUGGACUCCCGGAACACGGUGCCCAAAUGUUGAGACCAUGAGUGCUUUUGAUGUAUCUGGUGCUUCAAGUCCUAGAGCUAAUGUGGCUUGCUCUUUGUGCAAUCGGUCAGGUGGUUCAUGUAUAAAGUGCAGGGUUUUGAGUUGCUCAAUUCAAUUUCAUCCAUGGUGUGCUCAUCAAAAGGGUCUGUUGCAAAGUGAGGUUGAAGGUGUUGAUAAUGAAAGUGUUGGGUUUUACGGAAGAUGUGUGCUUCAUGCUACAUACCCCACUACUGAGUCUGCCUGUGAUCCCAUCAACAGUGAGAUUGGUUGUCAGGGAGAAAAAGAGUUUGCUUGCGCUAGGACGGAGGUAUUCUGCCAAUUAAUUGAGGGUUACAAGGGCCGCAAAAGGGAUGACCCCCAGAAUGAUCUUUAUGGUCCAUCAAAAGGCAAGGGUGGAUGCCUUGUUCCUCAGGAACAGUUAAAUGCUUGGAUUCACAUUAAUGGGCAGAAGACGUGCACACAGGGGCUUCCAAAGCUGGCAAUAUCAGAUAUUGAGCAUGAUUGUCGGAAGGAAUAUGCUCGCUACAAACAAGCAAAAGGUUGGAAACACUUGGUUGUAUACAAAUCUGGCAUUCAUGCCCUUGGUCUUUACACAUCUCGGUUCAUUUCCCGUGGUGAAAUGGUUGUUGAAUAUGUUGGUGAGAUAGUGGGUCUACGUGUGGCUGAUAAAAGAGAAAAUGAGUAUCAGUCUGGGAGAAAACUUCAGUACAAGAGUGCUUGCUACUUCUUCAGGAUAGAUAAAGAGCAUAUCAUUGAUGCUACCCGCAAAGGGGGGAUUGCUCGUUUUGUGAAUCACUCAUGCCUGCCAAAUUGCGUCGCCAAAGUGAUAUCUGUGAGAAAUGAAAAGAAGGUUGUCUUUUUUGCUGAAAGAGACAUAUUUCCUGGGGAAGAGAUAACAUAUGACUAUCAUUUUAACCAUGAGGAUGAAGGAAACCAUCCAGAAAGUGGCGAAAGAUGUGGAAAAAUGCGAGCAUAAAAAGUAUGUCAGUUUAUCCGUCCUAGCCUCCUAGGUCCGUCUGACCCUCCAACUUUGCCUGUCAACUCCCUUGAUAUGGUAAAAAUGUUGUUGGAAACAUGCUACCCGCUAGAUAUGUUAUCCCUUGUCAAAUACUUUGAACGGAUAGAGGGGUUUCUGCCCAUUAUAACCCCUCGAAUUUUCAGUUGUAGCGAUGUUUUCUAAAACUUCUUUUUUGUAUAAAUCCGGUUCAUCUA